GCCGGAGCCCUGCCGGAGCUGGAGCCCGAGCCUGAGCUGGAGCCGGAGCCGGAGCUGGAGCCAGAGCCAGAGCGAUUGCGCCCGUGCCGGCUUUCCCAGCCAUGUGUGCCGCGGGCCCGUGAAGGGAGCUGCCGUGCGCCGCUGACUGCCAAGUCCUUGCCCCGCUUUUGUCUCGCCCUACAGUGAAUCGGAAGAUGGAGAUGGAUGUUAAGGGAGUUUCUCAGUGCCCGGAGCCCAUCCCCCACUCUCAGGGGGCUGGCGGAGGCUGUCAGCAGCCACCACCACCGCCACCGCCGCCGCCGCCACCGCCGCCGCCGCAGGAUGAGCAGCCUGGGGAAAGUGCGGCCGCCGGGGACAGUCACCCAGAGAAGAGACCAAACAGUGAGAAAGAAGACAAAAAGAGGACCUCGGCCAGCAAGACUUCAGGUGCUCCUUCCUACAGCAGAUGGUCCAGCUCACAGCCACAUCAGAGAAGCCUGGGACGCGGGAGCCUGGGGACGUGCCCCAUUUCUGCAAUAGAGUAUUCCGCAAAUUGGCUGGGCAUCUCCUGCGAAGGUACUUCUGGGGGCUGCCUCUCCGGGCCUCCUGUUCAAAGCCCACCUUCCUGUGUAGUUAAUUCAGAUCAGAUCGGCUUAUCGGCUCUGCUCAUCGUGGGCCUUUCAUAA